CCACUGUAGCAGCUGAGACCACAGCUGCACCUGAGACCACUGUGGCACCUGACACCACAGCUGCCCCAGAGACCAGUGCUGCACCAGAUACCACUAUGGUGCCUCAGACAACUAGUGCACCAGCGACCACUAUGGCACCUGAAACCACUGCUGCACCUGAGACCACUGUUGCACCUGAGACCACUUUGGCACCUGAGACCACCAUGGCACCUGAAACCACAAUGGCACCUGAAACCACUGUGGCAGCAGAGACCACUGCUGCAGCUGAGACCACUGUAGCAGCUGAGACCACUGUGGCACCUGACACCACAGCUGCCCCAGAGACCAGUGCUGCACCAGUUACCACUAUGGUGUCUCAGACCACUAGUGCACCAGCGACCACUGUGGCACCUGAGACCACCAUGGCACCUGAAACCACAAUGGCCCCUGAAACCACUGUGGCAGCAGAGACCACUGCCGCAGCUCAGACCACUGUAGCAGCUGAGACCACUGCUGCACCUGAGACCACUAUUGUACCCGAGACCACAGCUGUCCCAGCGACCACUGAUGCACCAGCGACCACUUUGCCACCUGAGACAACAGCUGCCCCAGAGACCACUGUGGCACCAGAGACCAUUGCUGCACCUGAUACCACUGUGGCAGCAGAGACAACUGCUUCAGCUGAGACCACUGUGGCACCUGAGACCACUGCUGCACCUGAGACCACUUUGGCACCUGAGACCACCAUGGCACCUGAAACCACAAUGGCACCUGAAACCACUGUGGCAGCAGAGACAACUGCUUCAGCUGAGACCACUGUGGCACCUGAGACCACUGCUGCACCUGAUACCACUUUGGUACCUGAUACCACUGUGGCAGCAGAGACCACUGCCGCAGCUGAGACCACUGUAGCAGCUGAGACCACUGCUGCACCUGAGACCACUGUGGCACCAGAGACCACUGUUAUGCCUGAUACCACAAUGCCUCCUUCAAAGACAGAUGUAUUUGUAACAGAAGCAACUAAGGCACCUGUGGAUCAGCUCAAAACAAAGCAGCCAACAACUGCUACCGCUAAAACCACUGCUACACCAGAGACCACUGUUGCACCUGAGACCACUGUCGUACCGGAGACCACUCCCGCACUGAAGACAACUUCUGCGCCUGAAAGCACAGCUGCAACAGAGUCAACUGUGCCAACAGAGACCACUGCUGCACCUGAGACCACUUUGGAACCUGAGAUCACUGUUGCACCUGAAACCACUGUGGCACCUGAGACCACUGCUGCACCUGAUACCACUUUGGCACCUGAGACCACUGUCAAACUUGAGAGCACUGUGGCACCAGAGAGCACUGUGUCACCAGAGACCACUGUGUCACCUGAGACAACUGCUGUACCUGAGACAACUGCUGUACCUGAGACUACUCUGUCCCCUGGAACCACUGUGGCACAAGAUACCACUGCUGCACCUGAGACCACUGUGGCACCUGAAACCACUGUGUCACCAGAGACCAUUGCUGAACCUGAGACCACUGUGGCACCUGAGACCACUACUGCACCCGUUACCACACUGGCACCUGAGACCACUGUGGCUCCUGAUACCACUGUAGCACCUGAGACAACAGCUGCCCUAGAGACCACUGUGGCACCAGAUACCACUGCUGCACCUUAUACUACUGUGGCAGCAGAGACCACUGCUUCAGCUGAGACCACUGUGGCACCUGAGACCACUGCUGCACCUGAUACCACUUUGGUACCUGAUACCACUGUGGCAGCAGAGACCACUGCCGCAGCUGAGACCACUGUAGCAGCUGAGACCACUGCUGAACCUGAGACCACUGUGGCACCUGACACCACAGCUGCCCCAGAGACCAGUGCUGCACCAGAUACCAUUAUAAUGCCUCAGACCACUAGUGCACCAGCGACCACUAUGGCACCUGAGACCACUGCUGCACCUGAGACCACUUUGGCACCUGAGACCACCAUGGCACCUGAAACCACAAUGGCACCUGAAACCACUGUGGCAGCAGAGACCACUGCCGCAGCUGAGACCACUGUAGCAGCUGAGACCAGUGCUGCACCUGAGACCACUGUGGCACCUGACACCACAGCUGCCCCAGAGACCAGUCCUGCACCAGUUACCACUAUGGUGCCUCAGACCACUAGUGCACCAGCGACCACUGUGGCACCUGAGACCACUUUGGCACCUGAGACCACUUUGGCACCUGAGACAACAGCUGCCCCAGAGACCACUGUGGCACCAGAGACCAUUGCUGCACCUGAUACCACUGUGGCAGCAGAGACAACUGCUUCAGCUGAGACCACUGUGGUACCUGACACCACAGCUGCCCCAGAGACCAGUCCUGCACCAGUUACCACUAUGGUGCCUCAGACCACUAGUGCACCAGCGACCACUGUGGCACCUGAGACCACUUUGGCACCUGAGACCACUUUGGCACCUGAGACAACAGCUGCCCCAGAGACCACUGUGGCACCAGAGACCAUUGCUGCACCUGAUACCACUGUGGCAGCAGAGACAACUGCUUCAGCUGAGACCACUGUGGCACCUGAGACCACCAUGGCACCUGAAACCACAAUGGCACCCGAAACCUCUGUGGCAGCAGAGACCACUGCCGCAGCUCAGACCACUGUAGCAGCUGAGACCACUGCUGCACCUGAGACCACUAUUGUACCCGAGACCACAGCUGUCCCAGCGACCACUGAUGCACCAGCGACCAAUUUGCCACCUGAGACAACAGCUGCCCCAGAGACCACUGUGGCACCAGAGACCAUUGCUGCAUCUGAUACCACUGUGGCAGCAGAGACAACUGCUUCAGCUGAGACCACUGUGGCACAUGAGACCACUGCUGUACCUGAUACCACUUUGGUACCUGAUACCACUUUGGCACCUGAGACCACUGUCGCACCUGAGAGAACUGUGGCACCAGAGAGCACUUCGGCACCUGAGACCACUGCUGCACCUGAUACCACUUUGGUACCUGAUACCACUUUAGCACCUGAGACAACUGUCGCACGUGAGAGCACUGUGGCACCAGAGACCACUGUGGCACCUGAGACCACUGUGGCACCUGAGACCACAAUGCCACCCGAAACCACAAUGGCACCUGAAACCACUGUGGCAGCAGAGACCACUGCUGCACCUGAGACCACUGUGGUACCUGAGACCACAGCUGCCCCAGAGACCAGUGCUACACCAGAGACCACUAUGGUGCCUGAGACCACUAGUGCACCAUCGACCACUAUGGCACCUGAGACCACAGCUACACCAGUGACCACUAUGGCACCGGAUACCACAACUUCCCCAGCGACCACUGCGGCACUUGAAACUACUAUGGUGCCUGAGACAACAGCUGCCUCAGACACCACUGUCGUGCCAGAGACCACUGAUGCACCAGCUACCACUUUGGCACCAAAGACAACAAUUGCCCCAGAGACUACUGUGGCACAAGAGACCACUGAUGCACCAGCUAUCACUAUGGCACCUGAGACCUCAGCUGCCCCAGAGACCACUGUGGCACCAGAGACCAAUGCUGCACCUGAGACCACUGUGGCACCUGAGAUCACUGCUGCAACUGAGAUCACUGCUGCACCUGAGAUCACUGCUGCACCUGAUACCACUGUGGCACCAGAGACCACUGUGGCACCAGAAAUCACUGUAGCACCUGAGACCACUGCUGCACCUGAGACCACCAUGGCACCUGAAACCACUGUGGCAGCAGAGACCACUGCCGCAGCUGAGACAACUGCUGCACCUGAGACCACUGUGGCACCUGACACCACAGCUGCCCCAGAGACCAGUGCUGCACCAGAUACCACUAUGGUGCCUCAGACCACUAGUGCACCAGCGACCACUAUGGCACCUGAGACCACUUUGGCACCUGAGACCACUUUGGCACCUGAAACCACCAUGGCACCUGAAACCACUGUGGCAGCAGAGACCACUGCCGCAGCUCAGACCACUGUAGCAGCUGAGACCACUGCUGCACCUGAGACCACUAUUGUACCCGAGACCACAGCUGUCCCAGCGACCACUGAUGCACCAGCGACCACUUUGGCACCUGAGACAACAGCUGCCCCAGAGACCACUGUGGCACCAGAGACCACUGUGGCACCAGAGACCACUGAUGCACCAGCUACCACUAUGGCCCCUGAGACAAAAGCUGUCUCGGAGACCACUAUGGCCCCUGAGACAACAGCUGUCUCGGAGACCACUAUGGCGCCUGAGGCCACUGUGGUGCCUAAAACUACUGUUGGCCCAUCAACCACAAUCUCUCCAAAGACAGAAACUUCUAUAACGGAAACUCCUGAAACAUCGCCAGCAACAAUCUCCAUUUCCACUGAAAAAACUGGGAAAGCAAUCACAACACCACAGGGUACAACUACGGAGCUACCUCCUUCACCAUCAACUGUAGCACAAGACCAAACUACCUACAAAUCAACAACCUUUCCUGGGGAUGUUGGUUAUACAACCUUAGCACCUGUGGUGACCACUCCUGGAAGUGAUAUUACACCUCAAACCUCUGUUUCACCUGAUAGCACAGUUGCACCAGAAUCAACUGUUGCAGCUGAUAGCACUGUGGCUUCUGAGACAAUUAUUGCACAAGGGACCACUCUGGCAUCUAAGACCACAGUGGCCACUGAGACCACUGCUUCACCUGAGACCACUGUGGCACCAGUGACCACUGCUGCACCUGAAACCACUGUUGCACCAGAGAGCACUCUGGCACCUGAGACCACUGCUGCACCCGAGACCACUCUGGCACGUGAAACCACUGUGGCACCAGAGACCACUGCUGCAUCUGAGACCACUGUGGCACCUGAGACCACUGUGGCACCUGACACCACAGCUGCCCCAGAGACCAGUGCUGCACCAGAGAUCACUAUGGUGCCUGAGACCACGAGUGCACCAGCGACCACUAUGGCACCUGAGACCACAGCUGCACCAGUGACCACUAUGGCACCGGAGACCACAGCUGCCCCAGCGACCACUGCUGCACUAGAAACCACUAUGGUGCCUGAGACAACAGCUGCCUCAGAGACCACUGUGGCACCAGAGACCACUGAUGCACAAGCUACCACUUUGGCACCUGAGACAACAGCUGCCCAAAAGACCACUGAUGCACCAGCUACCACUAUGGCACAUGAGACCACAGCUGCCCCAGAGACCACUGUGGCACCAGAGACUACUGCUGCACCUGAGACCACUGUGGCACCUGAAACCACUGUGGCACCAGGGACCACUGCUGUACCUGAUACCACUCUGGCACCUGAGACCACUGUGGCACCUGAGACAACAGCUGCCCCAGAGACCACUGUGGCACCAGAGAGCACUGCUGCACCUGAUACCACUGUGGCACCUGAGAGCACUGUGAUGCCUGGGACCACUGUGGCACCUGAGACCACAAUGGCACCUGAAACCACUGUGGCAGCAGAGACCACUGCUUCAGCUGAGACCACUGUGGCACCUGAGACCACUGCUGCACCUGAUGCCACUUUGGUACCUGAUACCACUUUGGCACCUGAGACCACUGUCGCACCUGAGAGCACUAAGGCACCAGAGGCCACAAUGGCACCUGAAACCACAAUGGCACCUGAAACCACUGUGGCAGCAGAGACCAUGGUACCUGAUACCACUUUGGCACCUGAGACCACUGUCGCACCUGAGAGCACUAAGGCACCAGAGACCACAAUGGCACCUGAAACCACUGUGACAGCAGAGACCACUGCUGCAGCUGAGACCACUGUGGCACCUGAGACCACAGCUGUCCUAGAUACCAGUGCUGCACCAGAAACCACUAUGGUGCCUGAGACCACGAGUGCACCAGCGACCACUAUGGCACCUGAGACCACAGCUGCACCAGUGACCACUAUGGCACCGGAGACCACAGCUGCCCCAGCAACCACUACUGCACUAGAAACCACUAUGGUGCCUGAGACAACAGCUGCCUUAGAGACCACUGUGGCAUCAGAGACCACUGAUGCACCAGCUACCACUUUGGCACCUGAGACAACAGCUGCCCCAGAGACCACUGUGGCACCAGAGACCACUGAUUUACCAGCUACCACUUUGGCACCUGAGACAACAGCUGCCCAAGAGACCACUGUUGCACCAGAGACCACUGCUGCACCUGAGACCACUGUGGCACCUGAGAGCACUGUGCCACCAGAGACCACUGCUGCACCUGAUACCACUGUGGCACCUGGAAUAACUGCUGCACCCGUUACCACUGUGGCACCUGAAACCACUGCUGCACCCGUUACCACUGUUGCACCUGAGACCACUGCUGCACCUGAUACCACUGUAGCACCUGAGACCACAAUGGCACCUGAAACCACUGUGGCACAAGAGACCACUGUGGCACCCGAGACCACUGUGCCACCUGAGACCACCGCUCCACCUGAGACCACUGCUGUACCUGAUACCACUGUGGCAGGUGAGACCACUGCUGCACCUGAUACCACUAUGGCACCUGAGAUCACUGUGGCACCAGAGACCACUGUAGUACCAGAGACCACUUCUGCACCUGUUACCACCGUUGCACCAGAGAGCACUCUGGUACCUGAAACAACUUUUGCACCUGAUACCACAGUAGCACCUGAGACCACUGUUGUGCCUGAGACCACAAUGCGUCCUCCAAAGACAGAUGUAUCUGUAACAGAAGCAACUAAGGCACCUGUGGAUCAGCUCAAAACAAAGCAGCCAACAAUUGCUACAGCUAAAACCACUGCUGAACCAGAGAUCACUGUUGCACCUGAGACCACUGUGGUACCAGAGACCACUCCCGCACUGGAGACAACUUCUGCGCCUGAAAGCACAGCUGCAACAGAGUCAACUGUGGCACCUGAGACCACUGUGUCACAAGAGACCACUGUAGCACCUGAAACCACUGUGCCAACAGAGACCACUGCUGCACCUGAGACCACUGUGGCACCUGAUAUCACAUUUGCACCUGAAACCACUGUGCCACCUGAGACCACUGGUGCACCUGAUACCACUUUGGCACCUGAGACCACCGUCUCACUUGAGAGCACUCUUGCACUUGAGAGCACUGUGGCACCAGAGAGCACUGUGCCACCAGAGAGCACUGUAGCAACUGAAACCACUGUGGCGCCAGAGACCACUGCUGCACCGGAGAACACUCUGGCACCUGAGAUCACUGCUGCACCUGAUACUACUAUGGUACCUAAGAGCACUGUGGCACCAGAUACCACUGUGGCACCUGAGAGUACUGUGGCACCUGAGACCACUGCUGUACCUAAGACUACUCUGGCACCUGGAACCACUGUGGCACAAGAGACCACUGCUGCACCUGAGACCACUGUGGCACCUGAAACAACUGUGGCACCAGAGACCACUGCUGCACUUGAGACCACAGCUGCACCAGUGACCACUAUGGUACCGGAGACCACAGCUGCCCCAGCGACCACUGCUGCACUAGAAACUUCUAUUGUGCCUGAGACAACAGCUGCCUCAGAGACCACUGUGGCACCAGAGACCACUGAUGCACCAGCUACCACUUUGGCACCUGAGACAACAGCUGCCCCAGAGACUACUGUGGCACCAGAGACCACUGAUGCACCAGCUACCACUUUGGCACCUGAGACAACAGCUGCCCUAGAGACCACUGUUGCACCAGAGACCACUGCUGCACCUGAGACCACUGUGGCACCUGAGAUCACUGCUGCAACUGAGACCACUGCUGCACCUGAGACCACUGUGGCAGGUGAGACCACUGCUGCACCUGAUACCACUAUGGCACCUGAGAUCACUGUGGCACCAGAGACCACUGUAGUACCAGAGACCACUUCUGCACCUGUUACCACCGUUGCACCAGAGAGCACUCUGGUACCUGAAACAACUUUUGCACCUGAUACCACAGUAGCACCUGAGACCACUGUUGUGCCUGAGACCACAAUGCGUCCUCCAAAGACAGAUGUAUCUGUAACAGAAGCAACUAAGGCACCUGUGGAUCAGCUCAAAACAAAGCAGCCAACAAUUGCUACAGCUAAAACCACUGCUGAACCAGAGAUCACUGUUGCACCUGAGACCACUAUGGUACCGGAGACCACAGCUGCCCCAGCGACCACUGCUGCACUAGAAACUUCUAUUGUGCCUGAGACAACAGCUGCCUCAGAGACCACUGUGGCACCAGAGACCACUGAUGCACCAGGUACCACUUUGGCACCUGAGACAACAGCUGCCCCAGAGACUACUGUGGCACUAGAGACCACUGAUGCACCAGCUACCACUUUGGCACCUAAGACAACAACUGCCCUAGAGACCACUGUUGCAGCAAAGACCACUGUGGUACCGGAGACCACUCCCGCACUGGAGACAACUUCUGCGCCUGAAAGCACAGCUGCAACAGAGUCAACUGUGGCACCUGAGACCACUGUGUCACAAGAGACCACUGUAGCACCUGAAACCACUGUGCCAACAGAGACCACUGCUGCACCUGAGACCACUGUUGCACCUGAGAUCACUUUUGCACCUGAAACCACUUUGCCACCUGAGACCACUGCUGCAGCUGAUACCACUUUGACACCUGAGACCACUUUGGCACCUGAGACCACCGUCGCACUUGAGAGCACUGUUGCACCUGAAACCACUGUGGCACCUGAGACCACCGUCGUACUUGAGAGCACUCUUGCACUUGAGAGCACUGUGGCACCAGAGACCACUGUGGCACCUGAGAGCACUGUGCCACCAGAGACCACUGUAGCAACUGAAACCACUGUGGCGCCAGAGACCACUGCUGCACCAGAGAGCACUCUGGCACCUGAUAUCACUGCUGCACCUGAUACUACUAUGGUACCUGAGAGCACUGUGGCACCAGAUACCACUGUGGCACCUGAGAGUACUAUGGCACCUGAGACCACUGCUGAACCUGAGACUACUCUGGCACCUGAGACCACUGUGGCACCUGAAACCACUGUGGCACCAGAGACCACUGCUGCACUUGAGACCACAGCUGCACCAGUGACCACUAUGGUACCGGAGACCACAGCUGCCCCAGCGACUACUGCUGCACUAGAAACUUCUAUUGCGCCUGAGACAACAGCUGCCUCAGAGACCACUGUGGCACCAGAGACCACUGCUGCACCUGAUACCACUAUGGCACCUGAGAUCACUGUGGCACCAGAGACCACUGUAGUACCAGAGACCACUUCUGCACCUGUUACCACCGUUGCACCAGAGAGCACUCUGGUACCUGAAACAACUUUUGCACCUGAUACCACAGUAGCACCUGAGACCACUGUUGUGCCUGAGACCACAAUGCGUCCUCCAAAGACAGAUGUAUCUGUAACAGAAGUAACUAAGGCACCUGUGGAUCAGCUCAAAACAAAGCAGCCAACAAUUGCUACAGCUAAAACCACUGCUGAACCAGAGAUCACUGUUGCACCUGAGACCACUAUGGUACCGGAGACCACAGCUGCCCCAGCGACCACUGCUGCACUAGAAACUUCUAUUGUGCCUGAGACAACAGCUGCCUCAGAGACCACUGUGGCACCAGAGACCACUGAUGCACCAGGUACCACUUUGGCACCUGAGACAACAGCUGCCCCAGAGACUACUGUGGCACCAGAGACCACUGAUGCACCAGCUACCACUUUGGCACCUAAGACAACAACUGCCCUAGAGACCACUGUUGCAGCAAAGACCACUGUGGUACCGGAGACCACUUCCGCACUGGAGACAACUUCUGCGCCUGAAAGCACAGCUGCAACAGAGUCAACUGUAGCACCUGAAACCACUGUGCCAACAGAGACCACUGCUGCACCUGAGACCACUGUUGCACCUGAGAUCACUUUUGCACCUGAAACCACUGUGCCACCUGAGACCACUGCUGCACCUGAUACCACUUUGGCACCUGAGACCACCGUCGCACUUGAGAGCACUCUUGCACUUGAGAGCACUGUGGCGCCAGAGACCACUGCUGCACCAGAGAGCACUCUGGCACCUGAUAUCACUGCUGCACCUGAUACUACUAUGGUACCUGAGAGCACUGUGGCACCAGAUACCACUGUGGCACCUGAGAGUACUAUGGCACAUGAGACCACUGCUGAACCUGAGACUACUCUGGCACCUGAGACCACUGUGGCACCUGAAACCACUGUGGCACCAGAGACCACUGCUGCACUUGAGACCACAGCUGCACCAGUGACCACUAUGGUACCGGAGACCACAGCUGCCCCAGCGACUACUGCUGCACUAGAAACUUCUAUUGCGCCUGAGACAACAGCUGCCUCAGAGACCACUGUGGCACCAGAGACCACUGAUGCACCAGCUACCAGUUUGGCUCCUGAGACAACAGCUGCCCCAGAGACUACUGUGGCACCAGAGACCACUGAUGCACCAGCUACCACUUUGGCACCUGAGACAACAGCUGCCCUAGAGACCACUGUUGCACCAGAGACCACUGCUGCACCUGAGACCACUGUGGCACCUGAGAUCACUGCUGCAACUGAGACCACUGCUGCACCUGAGACCACUGUGGUACCUGAGACCACCGCUCCACCUGAGACAACUGUGGCACCUGAGACCACUGCUGCACCUGAUACCACUGUGGCAGGUGAGACCACUGCUGCACCUGAUACCACUAUGGCACCUGAGAUCACUGUGGCACCAGAGACCACUAUGGCACCAGAGACCACUUCUGCACCUGUUACCACCGUUGCACCAGAGAGCACUCUGGUACCUGAAACAACUGUUGCACCUGAUACCACAGUAGCACCUGAGACCACUGUUGUGCCUGAGACCACAAUGCCUCCUCCAAAGACAGAUGUAUCUGUAACAGAAGCAACUAAGGCACCUGUGGAUCAGCUCAAAACAAAGCAGCCAACAAUUGCUACAGCUAAAACCACUGCUGAACCAGAGAUCACUGUUGCACCUGAGACCACUGUGGUACCGGAGACCACUCCCGCACUAGAGACAACUUCUGCGCCUGAAAGCACAGCUGCAACAGAGUCAACUGUGGCACCUGAGACCACUGUGUCACAAGAGACCACUUUGGCACCUGAGACAACACCUGCCCCAGAGACUACUGUGGCACCAGAGACCACUGAUGCACCAGCUACCACUUUGGCACCUGAGACAACAGCUGCCCUAGAGACCACUGUUGCACCAGAGACCACUGCUGCACCUGAGACCACUGUGGCACCUGAGAUCACUGCUGCAACUGAGACCACUGCUGCACCUGAGACCACUGUGGUACCUGAGACCACCGCUCCACCUGAGACAACUGUGGCACCUGAGACCACUGCUGCACCUGAUACCACUGUGGCAGGUGAGACCACUGCUGCACCUGAUACCACUAUGGCACCUGAGAUCACUGUGGCACCAGAGACCACUGUGGCACCAGAGACCACUGUUGUACCAGAGACCACUUCUGCACCUGUUACCACCGUUGCACCAGAGAGCACUCUGGUACCUGAAACAACUGUUGCACCUGAUACCACAGUAGCACCUGAGACCACUGUUGUGCCUGAGACCACAAUGCCUCCUCCAAAGACAGAUGUAUCUGUAACAGAAGCAACUAAGGCACCUGUGGAUCAGCUCAAAACAAAGCAGCCAACAACUUCUACAGCUAAAACCACUGCUGAACCAGAGAUCACUGUUGCACCUGAGACCACUUUGGUACCGGAGACCACUCCCGCACUAGAGACAACUUCUGCGCCUGAAAGCACAGCUGCAACAGAGUCAACUGUGGCACCUGAGACCACUGUGUCACAAGAGACCACUGUAGCACCUGAAACCACUGUGCCAACAGAGACCACUGUGGUACCGGAGACCACUCCCGCACUUGAGACAACUUCUGCGCCUGAAAGCACAGCUGCAACAGAGUCAACUGUGGCACCUGAGACCACUGUAUCACAAGAGACCACUAUAGCACCUGAAACCACUGUGCCAACAGAGAUCACUGCUGCACCUGAGACCACUGUGGCACCUGAGAUCACUUUUGCACCUGAAACCACUGUGCCACCUGAGACCACUGGUGCACCUGAUACCACUUUGGCACCUGAGACCACAGUCGCACUUGAGAGCACUAUGGCACCUGAGAGCACUGUGCCACCAGAGACCACUGUAGCAACUGAAACCACUGUGGCGCCAGAGACCACUGCUGCACCGGAGAGCACUCUGGCACCUGAGAUCACUGCUGCACCUGAUACUACUAUGGUACCUAAGAGCACUGUGGCACCAGAUACCACUGUGGCACCUGAGAGUACUGUGGCACCUGAGACCACUGUUGUACCUGAGACUACUCUGGCACCUGGAACCACUGUGGCACAAGAGACCACUGCUGCACCUGAGACCACUGUGGCACCUGAAACCACUGUAGCACCAGAGACCACUGCUGCACUUGAGACCACAGCUGCACCAGUGACCACUAUGCUACCGGAGACCACAGCUGCCCCAGCGACCACUGCUGCACUAGAAACUUCUAUUGUGCCUGAGACAACAGCUGCCUCAGAGACCACUGUGGCACCAGAGACCACUGACGCACCAGCUACCACUUUGGCACCUGAGACAACAGCUGCCCCAGAGACUACUGUGGCACCAGAGACCACUGAUGCACCAGCUACCACUUUGGCACCUAAGACAACAACUGCCCUAGAGACCACUGUUGCAGCAAAGACCACUGUGGUACCGGAGACCACUCCCGCACUGGAGACAACUUCUUCGCCUGAAAGCACAGCUGCAACAGAGUCAACUGUGGCACCUGAGAUCACUGUGGCACCUGAGAGCACUGUGCCACCAGAGACAACUGUAGCAACUGAAACCACUGUGGCGCCAGAGACCACUGCUGCACCAGAGAGCACUCUGGCACCUGAUAUCACUGCUGCACCUGAUACUACUAUGGUACCUGAGAGCACUGUGGCACCAGAUACCACUGUGGCACCUGAGAGUACUAUGGCACCUGAGACCACUGCUGAACCUGAGACUACUCUGGCACCUGAGACCACUGUGGCACCUGAAACCACUGUGGCACCAGAGACCACUGCUGCACUUGAGACCACAGCUGCACCAGUGACCACUAUGGUACCGGAGACCACAGCUGCCCCAGCGACUACUGCUGCACUAGAAACUUCUAUUGCGCCUGAGACAACAGCUGCCUCAGAGACCACUGUGGCACCAGAGACCACUGAUGCACCAGCUACCACUUUGGCACCUGAGACAACAGCUGCCCCAGAGACUACUGUGGCACCAGAGACCACUGAUGCACCAGCUACCACUUUGGCACCUGAGACAACAGCUGCCCUAGAGACCACUGUUGCACCAGAGACCACUGCUGCACCUGAGACCACUGUGGCACCUGAGAUCACUGCUGCAACUGAGACCACUGCUGCACCUGAGACCACUGUGGUACCUGAGACCACCGCUCCACCUGAGACAACUGUGGCACCUGAGACAACUGCUGCACCUGAUACCACUGUGGCAGGUGAGACCACUGCUGCACCUGAUACCACUAUGGCACCUGAAAUCACUGUGGCACCGGAGACCACUUCUGCACCUGUUACCACCGUUGCACCAGAGAGCACUCUGGUACCUGAAACAACUGUUGCACCUGAUACCACAGUAGCACCUGAGACCACUGUUGUGCCUGAGACCACAAUGCCUCCUCCAAAGACAGAUGUAUCUGUAACAGAAGCAACUAAGGCACCUGUGGAUCAGCUCAAAACAAAGCAGCCAACAAUUUCUACAGCUAAAACCACUGCUGAACCAGAGAUCACUGUUGCACCUGAGACCACUGUGGUACCGGAGACCACUCCCGCACUAGAGACAACUUCUGCGCCUGAAAGCACAGCUGCAACAGAGUCAACUGUGGCACCUGAGACCACUGUGUCACAAGAGACCACUUUGGCACCUGAGACAACAGCUGCCCCAGAGACUACUGUGGCACCAGAGACCACUGAUGCACCAGCUACCACUUUGGCACCUGAGACAACAGCUGCCCUAGAGACCACUGUUGCACCAGAGACCACUGCUGCACCUGAGACCACUGUGGCACCUGAGAUCACUGCUGCAACUGAGACCACUGCUGCACCUGAGACCACUGUGGUACCUGAGACUACGGCUCCACCUGAGACAACUGUGGCACCUGAGACCACUGCUGCACCUGAUACCACUGUGGCAGGUGAGACCACUGCUGCACCUGAUACCACUAUGGCACCUGAGAUCACUGUGGCACCAGAGACCACUGUGGCACCAGAGACCACUGUUGUACCAGAGACCACUUCUGCACCUGUUACCACCGUUGCACCAGAGAGCACUCUGGUACCUGAAACAACUGUUGCACCUGAUACCACAGUAGCACCUGAGACCACUGUUGUGCCUGAGACCACAAUGCCUCCUCCAAAGACAGAUGUAUCUGUAACAGAAGCAACUAAGGCACCUGUGGAUCAGCUCAAAACAAAGCAGCCAACAAUUGCUACAGCUAAAACCACUGCUGCACCAGAGACCACUAUUGCACCUGAGACCACUGUCGUACCGGAGACCACUCCCGGACUGGAGACAACUUCUGCGCCUGAAAGCACAGCUGCAACAGAGUCAACUGUGGCACCUGAGACCACUGUGUCACAAGAGACCACUGUAGCACCUGAAACCACUGUGCCAACAGAAACCACUGCUGCACCUGAGACCACUGUGGCACCUGAGAUCACUGUUUCACCUGAAACCACUGUGGCACCUGAGAUCACUGCUGCACCUUAUACCACUUUGGCACCUGAGACCACUUUGGCACCUGAGAGCACUGUUGCACUUGAGAGCACUGUGGCUUCGGAGACCACUGUGGCACCUAAGACCACUGCUGCAUCUGAGGCCACUUUGGCCCCUGAAAGUGUGGCACCAGAGACCACUGCUGCACCAGAGAGCACUCUGGCACCUGAGACCACUGCUGCACCAGAGACCACUGUGGCACCUGAAACCACUGCUGCACCUGAUACUCCUAUUGUACCUGAAACCACUGUGGCACCUGAGAGCACUGUGGCACCAGAGACCACUGUGGUACCGGAGACCACCCCGGCACUUGAGACAACUUCUGCGUCUGAAAGCACAGAUGCAACAGAGUCAACUGUGGCACCUGAGGUCACUCUGCCACCAGGGACCACUGUAGCACCUGAGACCACUGUGGCACCUGAGACCACUGCUGCACCUGAGAUCACUGUGGCACCAGAGACCACUGAAGCACCUGAUACCACUGUGGCGCCUGAUACCACUGUGGCACCUGAGAGCACUAUGGCACCUGAAACUACUGUAGCACCUGAGACCACUGUGGCACCUGAGACCACUGCUGCACCUGAGAUCACUGUGGCACCAGAGACCACUGAAGCACCUGAUACCACUGUGGCGCCUGAUACCACUGCUGCACCUGAGAGCACUGUGGCACCUGAAGCUACUGUAGCCCCUGAGACUACUGUUGCACCAGAGAUCACUGCUUCACGUGAAACAACUGUGGCACCUGAGAGCACUGUGUCGCCUGUAAGCACAGUUGAACCAAAAACCACGAUUGCUUUGCCCGUAACAACGUUAGUCCAACUUAGUACAACUUCCGUUGGACCAUCCCCGACCCCGACUACUACCGAUGUUGGUGCUAUUGAAGGAAAUGAAUGCCUUUUGGGCUCAUCGAAGUGUGAUCGUAUGGCUAAGUGUAUUGACACCUUAAGUGGAUUCAAGUGCGAAUGUAACAAGGGCUUUGAGGGAAAUGGCUUCAAUUGUGCAGAUAUCAACGAGUGCGACAAUGGCAAGAACGACUGCCACGGCAAUGCGCGAUGCAUCAAUGCUCCCGGCUCGUACGACUGCAAGUGCAACAAAGGCUUUAAAGGAGAUGGGAAAACGUGUCUAGACGUAGAUGAAUGCGCUGAUGGCACGGCGAUGUGUGCAUUGAAGGCUUCAUGUCUGAACACACUCGGCUCGUUCAGAUGCAAUUGCAUCAAAGGCUUCACCGGUGAUGGCAAAACAUGCCAAGAUGUUAACGAGUGUGGUCGUCGGGAUCCAUCCCCAUGUGAUCCAAACGCCAAGUGCAUCAAUAUGAUGGGCUCCUACGCCUGUAGGUGCAACGAAGGCUUCCUUGGAGACGGUACCAAUUGCACUGACGUCGAUGAAUGCUCCACCCCUGGCGUCGCAACCUGCAGUAACCUCGCCACGUGUAUCAACACCCCCGGCUCUUUCAAGUGUGAGUGCAAGCCAGGCUAUAAGGGCAAUGGCGAGAUAUGCACCGACGCUGAUGAAUGUACUGCGACCCCCGGCAUAUGUGGCGAGAAUUCCAUUUGCAUCAACACACCCGGCUCCUAUCAGUGCUCAUGCAAGGAGGGGUAUCAGCCAAGCAGCGAUGGCAAUUGUGACGACUACGACGAAUGCGCUGGAGGGAUUGCCGACUGUGACAUCAAUAGUGUCUGCACCAACACACUCGGCUCGUACAAGUGCACUUGUAAGCAAGGCUUUGUUGGUGACGGAGUUGGGUGUAGAGCUGAAGGUGUGUGCGUACCCGGAUGUAGUCCUAACGCGCAGUGUCUAGUCAUCGGCGGCCGCAGUUUGUGUGUCUGCAAGGUCGGUUACCAAGGAGAUGGCUUUACUUGUGAAGAUAUCAACGAGUGCGAGGUGCGCAUCGCGGACUGCUCACAAAAUGCCACUUGCACCAACACAAAUGGAUCAUACUCGUGCACCUGCAAGGCUGGGUUCCAAGGGAACGGAAUAGUUUGCAGAGAUAUUGAUGAAUGCGCUAGCGACACUCACAACUGUCACCCAAAUGCGCUCUGCACAAACACUGACGGCUCCCAUGUGUGUCGCUGUGUACGAGGUUACCAAGGCGAUGGCAAAACUUGUACAGAUAUCGACGAGUGUCAGGCUGGAAAAUACAGUUGUGACCCAAAUGCGCUGUGCACGAAUACCGAAGGCUCAUACGUGUGCCGAUGUCUCAAGGGAUUCACAGGGGACGGCUUGGUGUGCUCAGAUAUCGACGAGUGCAAGGUUACUGAGCUCAAUAACUGUGAUGCAAAUGCACUUUGCACCAAUAUCUUUGGCACUUUUGUCUGUCGUUGCCGCAAAGGCUUCGUCGGUGAUGGCAAAACAUGUGUCGAUAAAGACGAAUGCGUCGAAGAAGAUCAUGACUGUGCUAAGAGUGCCGACUGUAUCAACUCGGUCGGCUCGUACAGCUGUCAGUGUCGUCCUGGUUUUGAGGGUGAUGGCAAGCAGUGCAAAGAUGUGGACGAAUGUGCCUCAGUGCUGCAUAACAAAUGCGACCCUAACGCCUUAUGCACCAACUCUGUCGGGAGCUAUGUCUGUCGCUGCAAGAAGGGAUACACCGGGGACGGAAUAACGUGCAAAGACAUCGAUGAAUGCACCAAUAAGACGGAUGACUGUGACGCCAACGCGCUGUGCACCAAUGUUCUUGGUUCUUUCGUCUGUCGCUGUCUCAAGGGAUUCGAAGGCAAUGGCAAGACCUGCAUCCCGAAACUCCAAACUGAGUGCAACCCUGCUUGCGGUAACAAUUCCGAGUGUAAGAUGCAAGCUGCCGGUGCGGAGUGUGUUUGCAAGAUGGGCUUCUCUUCCGCGACCGAAGACGGGCUGUCCUGCGUCGACGAUAAUGAGUGUGAAAGCGGGGCAAAUGACUGCAGUCCUGACGCUGUAUGCACCAACACGCCAGGGUCGUUUGUGUGUCGAUGUAACAAGGGCUUCACUGGUGAUGGCAAAAUCUGCAUCGCUGAGUCCGCAUGUGUCCCGGCAUGCGGUGAUAACGCAGUCUGCGCAGGCCCGAUCGACGACAAGAGGUGUGAGUGCAAAGAUGGUUUCCAAGGCGACGGACAAACGUGUACAGAUGUGGAUGAGUGCACCGACGGUCUCCAUGACUGUAAUGUGAACGCUUUCUGUACGAACACUCCCGGAACCUUUGUGUGUCGCUGUAUCCGUGGUUACCAAGGCGAUGGGCGCACAUGUGCUGACGUGGACGAGUGUAAGACAGGCCAAGUGAAGUGUGGUGAAAAUGAGGUAUGCGCCAAUUCGCUGGGCUCCUUUACUUGCCAGUGCGCCGAGGGGUACGAGAGAGACUCACAGGGCAAGUGUGCAGAUGUCAAUGAGUGUAAAACUGGCAAGCACGACUGUUCUGUCAACGCUUUGUGCACCAAUACUGAUGGCACGUUCAUUUGCCGCUGUCUGCGUGGUUAUAUAGGUGAUGGCAAGACUUGCAUAGAUUUCGAUGAGUGCAAAUUACCCAAAAACGACUGUGACGUAAACGCAGAAUGCAUAAACUCCAUCGGGUCCUACUCAUGCAUCUGUAAACCUGGAUUUACUGGAAACGGAAAGACAUGUACAGACUUGGGACCAGUCAAAUGUGACCCGACUUGUGGGGACCUCGAAACAUGUGUGGACAUCAAAGGCAAAUUUACUUGUGUUUGCAAGAAUGGCUACCAGAUUGUGGACGGAGAAUGCAAAGACAAAAAUGAGUGUGUUGGGAGUGAUCUUCUCUGUGAUCCAAAUGCACUUUGUACAAACACACCUGGAUCCUAUUUAUGCCGCUGCAAGAGUGGCUUUCAAGGAGAUGGGAAAACUUGUGCUGAUGUUGACGAGUGCAUUAAAUCUGAUGACAUUUGCGGCAACAACACAGAAUGUCUCAACAAUGUUGGCUCGUACACAUGCAAGUGUAAGGAAGGGUUUGAGGAUAACGACCAAGAUAAACACUGCAAAGAUAUUGAUGAGUGUUCAGACGGAUCUCACGACUGUCACGUGAAUGCCAUCUGUACGAAUGUCCCUGGGACCUUCCUCUGCCGUUGCAUCAAUGGUUUCCUCGGCGAUGGCAAGCUCUGUGCAGAUAUAAACGAGUGCUUUGAAGGCACAGCAAACUGUGACAUCAAUGCUGAAUGCACCAAUAGUGUUGGGUCGUACAAUUGUCAAUGCAUGGAAGGUUACACCGGAGACGGCAAGAAUUGCCAAGCAAUUAUUACAAAGUCACCAACAACAUUACAACAAACAACCGUUGCACCAGAGUCAACUGCUGCACCAGAGACCAGUGUUGCACCUGAUACCACUAUGGGGCCAAAGACUACUGUAGCGCCAGAUACCCCUGUAGCACCAGAGACCACUGUUGCACCAGACACCACUGUUGCUGCAAAGAUCACUGUUGUACCUGAGACCACGGCUGCACCUGACACCACUGUGGCACCAGAGACCCCUGUAGCAACUAAUACCACUGUUGCGCAAGAGACAACUCUUACACCCGAGACCACCGCUGCACCAGUGACUACUUCUGUACCGGAGACCACUGCUGCACCGGAGACGACUGUUGCACCAGAAACAACUGUGGAGCCAGAGACUACUGUUGCAUCUAAGACCACUGUUGCAUCUGAGACAACCGUCACACCUGAGGCCACUGCUACACCUGAGCUGACUGCUGGACCAGCUACAACUCUUGCACCUACAACCAUUGGUGCCCUAGAGACCACCGAGGCACCAGAGUUUACCAUGGUACCAGAGACCACCAUGGCACCUAAGACCACCACUGUACCAGUGACUACUUCUGUACCUGAGACCAAGGCUGCACCAAAGACCACUGUAUCAGCAGAGACCACUGCUGCACCUGAGACCACUGUUGGACAAGAGACAACUCUUGCACCCGAGACUACUGCUGCACCAGAGACCACCAUGGCCCCUGAUACCACUGCUGCACCAGUGACUACUUCUGUACCAGAGACCACUGCUGCACCGGAGACAACUGCUGCACCAGAAACAACUGUGGAGCCAGAGACAACUCUUGCACCUGAGACCACUGCUGCACCAGAGACCACCUUGGCACCAGAGACCACCGUGGCACGUGAGAUUACCACUGCACCAGUGACUACUUCUGUAUCUGAGACCACUGCUCCACCGGAGACAACAGCUUCACCAGAGACAACUGUGGAACCAGAGACUACUGUUGCGCCUGAGACAACCGUCACACCUGAGGCCACUGCUGCACCGGAUACCACAGUUGCGCCAGAGACAACCGAGGCACCACAAACAACUGCUGCACCUGAGACUACUGCUGGACCAGCUACAACUCUUGUACCAGAGACAACUCUUGCACCCGAGACCACUGCUGCACCAGAGACCACCAUGGUGCCAGACACCACUGUGGCACCUGAUACCACUGACGCACCAGUGACUACUUUUGUACCAGAGACUACUACUGCACUGGAGACCACAACUGCACUAGAGAUAACUGUGGAGCCAGAGACUAGUGUUGCACCAGAGACCAGUCUUGCACCAGAGACCACCGCUGCACCAGAGACCACUGCUGCACCUGAGACGACUGCUGGGCCAGCUACAACUCUUGCAUCUACGACCACUGGUGCACCAGAGACCACUGUGGCACCAGAGACGACAGUGGUACCGGAGACCACCCCGGCACUCGAGACAACUGCGCCUGAAAGUACAAGUGCAAGUACAGAGUCAACUGUGGCACCUGAGACCACUGCUGUACCAGAGACCACUGCUGCACAUGAAACCACUGUUGCACCCGAGACCACUGUUGCACCAGAGACCACAAUAGCAGAUGCAACUGUUGCGCCAAAGUCCACUGUCGCACCUGAGAUUACUGUUGCACCAGAGACAACUUUGGCACCAAAGACCACUGCUGAACCAGAGACCAGUGUGGCACCCGAAACCACUGCUCCACUGGAGACCACUAAAGCACUGGAGACCACUGUUGCACCAGAGACCACUAUGGCACCAGAUACCACUAUGGAGCCUGAGACCACUGUGGCACCAGUGACCACUGUGAUACCAGAGACUACUGUUGCACCAGAUACUACCGUGGCACCAAAGAGUACUACAUUGGCCUCCACAGUGGUACCGAUUACAGACCAAGUAAUAGAGGGAACUCAAGCACCUGGACAACAAAUUAGAACAAUGACACCAACGGCUGCACAGUUUACCACAACUAGUACACCAGCCACCACAACUAAGACUCUGAAGACCCCAUUGAUAGUAGAAACCGCUUCUGCGCCUAGGACCACUUUGGAACCAGAGAUCACUUUUGCAUCGGGGACCACUAUGGCACCAAAGACUACUGUCAAACAGAUGACAACAAAACAAAAAAACACCAAAGUUGUACAAGACCCAACUUCCCCACCAAGUAUAUUAACAGCACAAACAACCCGCAAAAGAGGGGAGGAUGUUGGAUAUACUCCAGCUUCAACAACUGCUAUUCCUCCAUCCGGUACAACAAGAACAACUAUGGCACCAGACACCACUGUUGCACCAGAACCAACUAUGGGGCCUGAGUCUACUGUAGCACCAGAAACAACUGUGGGAACAGAGACCACUCUUGCACUAGAGUCCACUGUAGCACCAAAAACAACUACAGCGCCAGAAACCGCUGCUGGACCAGAGACCACUUUAGCAUCAGAAACAACUAUGGCGCCAAAGACAACUCUUGCGCCAGAGUCCACUGUAGCUAAAAAAACAACUAUGUCAUCAGAAACAACUAUGGCACAAGAGACCACUGUAGCACCGGGAACAACUAUGGCGCCAGAGUCCACUCUAGCAUCAAAAACAACUAUGGUGUCACAAACCACUGCUGGACCAGAGACAACUUUAGCACAAGAAACAACUAUGGCGUCAAAGUCCACAGUAGAACCAGGAACAACUUUGGCACCAAAGUCCACUGUAGCAUCGGUAACAACUAUGGCACCAGAGUCCACUGUAGCAUCGGUAACAACUAUGGCACCAGAGUCCACUCUGGAACUGGAAACAACUACGGCGUCAGAGACCACUGUAGCACCAGAAACAACAAUGGUGCCAGGGACAACUCUAGAACCAGAAACAACUAUGGCGCUAGAGUCCACUGUAGCAUCGGUAACAACUAUGGCACCAGAGUCCACCUUGGCACCGGAAAUAACUAUAGCGUCAGAGUCCACUGUAGCACCUGGAACAACUAUGGCGCCAGAAACCACAGUAGCACCAGGAACAACUAUGGCACCAGAGACCACUUUUGCACCAGAAACAACUAAGGCACCAGAGACCACUCUGGCACUGGAAACAACUACGGCGCCAGAGACCACUCUACCACCAGAAGCAACCAUGGCGCCAGAAUCCACCUUGGCACCGGAAAUAACUAUAGCGUCAGAGUCCACUUUAGCACCAGAAACGAUUAUAGCGUCAGAGAGCACUGUAGCACCAGAAACAACAAUGGCGCCAGGGACAACUCUAGAACCAGAAACAACUAUGGCGCUCGAGUCCACUAUAGCACAGGAAAUAACUAUCGCGUUUGAGUCAACUCUAGCACCCGAAGCAACCCUGGCGCAAAAAACCACUGCUGGACCAGGAACCACUUUAGCAUUAGAAACAACUAUGGCGCCAGAGUCCACAGUAGUUCCCCCAACAACUAUAGCGCCAGAGUCUACUGUAAUACCAGAUUCUACUGUAGCGCCAGGAACAACCAUUACACCAAAGUCCACUGAAGUACCGCCAACAACUAUGACACCAGAGUCCACUGUAGCACCGGGAACAACUAUGGCGCCAGAGUCCACUGUAACACCAGAAACAACAAUGGUGCCAGUGACCACUCUAGAACCAGAAACAACUAUGGCGCCAGAGUCCACUGUAGGACCGGAAAUAACUAUAGUGUCAGAAACCACUGCUGGACCAGAGACAACUUUAGCACAAGAAACAACUAUGGCGUCAAAGUCCACAGUAGAACCAGGAACAACUUUGGCACCAAAGUCCACUGUAGCAUCGGUAACAACUAUGGCACCAGAGUCCACUGUAGCAUCGGUAACAACUAUGGCACCAGAGUCCACUGUAGCAUCGGUAACAACUAUGGCACCAGAGUCCACCUUGGCACCGGAAAUAACUAUAGCGUCAGAGUCCACUGUAGCAUCGGUAACAACUAUGGCACCAGAGUCCACCUUGGCACCGGAAAUAACUAUAGCGUCAGAGUCCACUGUAGCACCUGGAACAACUAUGGCGCCAGAAUCCACAGUAGCAACAGGAACAACUAUAGUGCCAGAGACCACUCUGGCACUGGAAACAACUACGGCGCCAGAGACCACCCUACCACCAGAAACAACCAUGGCGUCAGAAUCCACUCUAGCAUCGGUAACAACUAUGGCACCAGAGUCCACUGUAGCAUCGGUAACAACUAUGGCACCAGAGUCCACUUUAGCACCAGAAACGAUUAUAGCGUCAGAGACCACUGUAGCACCAGAAACAACAAUGGUGCCAGGGACAACUCUAGAACCAGAAACAACUAUGGCGCUAGAGUCCACUGUAGCAUCGGUAACAACUAUGGCACCAGAGUCCACCUUGGCACCGGAAAUAACUAUAGCGUCAGAGUCCACUGUAGCACCGGGAACAACUAUGGCACCAGAGACCACUUUUGCACCAGAAACAACUAAGGCACCAGAGACCACUCUGGCACUGGAAACAACUACGGCGCCAGAGACUACUCUACCACCAGAAGCAACCAUGGCGCCAGAAUCCACUUUAGCACCAGAGUCCACUUUAGCACCAGAAACGAUUAUAGCGUCAGAGACCACUCUAGAACCAGAAACCACUAUGGCACCAGAGUCCACUGUAACACCAGAAACAACAAUGGUGCCAGUGACCACUCUAGAACCAGAAACAACUAUGGCGCCAGAGUCCACUGUAGGACCGGAAAUAACUAUAGUGUCAGAAACCACUGCUGGACCAGAGACAACUUUAGCACAAGAAACAACUAUGGCGUCAAAGUCCACAGUAGAACCAGGAACAACUUUGGCACCAAAGUCCACUGUAGCAUCUGUAACAACUAUGGCACCAGAGUCCACCUUGGCACCGGAAAUAACUAUAGCGUCAGAGUCCACUGUAGCACCGGGAACAACUAUGGCACCAGAGACCACCUUUACACCAGAAACAACUAAGGCACCAGAGACCACUCUACCACCAGAAACAACCAUGGCGUCAGAAUCCACUCCAGCACCAGAGUCCACUUUAGCACCAGAAACGAUUAUAGCGUCAGAGACCACUGUAGCACCAGAAACAACAAUGGUGCCAGGGACAACUCUAGAACCAGGAACAACCAUUACACCAAAGUCCACUGAAGUACCGCCAACAACUAUGACACCAGAGUCCACUGUAACACCAGAAACAACAAUGGUGCCAGAGUCCACUGUAGGACCGGAAAUAACUAUGGUGUCAGAAACCACUGCUGGACCAGAGACAACUUUAGCACAAGAAACAACUAUGGCGUCAAAGUCCACAGUAGAACCAGGAACAACUUUGGCACCAAAGUCCACUGUAGCAUCGGUAACAACUAUGGCACCAGAGUCCACUGUAGCAUCGGUAACAACUAUGGCACCAGAUUCCACCUUGGCACCGGAAAUAACUAUAGCAUCAGAGUCCACUGUAGCAUCGGUAACAACUAUGGCGCCAGAGUCCACUGUUCCACCAGAAACAACUAUGGUGCCAGAAUCCACAGUAGCACCAGGAACAACUAUAGCGCCAGAAACCACUAUAGCACCGGGAACAACUAUGGCACCAGAAACCACUGUAGCACCAGAAACAACAAUGGUGCCAGUGACCACUCUAGAACCAGAAACAACUAUGGCGCCAGAGUCCACUGUAGCACCUGUAACAACUAUGGCACCAGAUUCCACUGUAGCAUCGGUAACAACUAUGGCACCAGAGUCCACCUUGGCACCGGAAAUAACUAUAGCGUCAGAGUCCACUGUAGCACCUGGAACAACUAUGGCGCCAGAAUCCACAGUAGCAACAGGAACAACUAUAGCGCCAGAGACAAUUCUGGCACUGGAAACAACUACGGCGCCAGAGACCACCCUACCACCAGAAACAACCAUGGCUUCAGAAUCCACUCUAGCACAAGAGUCCACUUUAGCACCAGAAACAACAAUGGUGCCAGGGACAACUCUAGAACCAGAGACAACUAUGGCGCUAGAGUCCACUGUAGCAUCGGUAACAACUAUGGCACCAGAGUUCACCUUGGCACCGGAAAUAACUAUGACACCAGAGACCACUGUAGCACCAGAAACAACAAUGGCGCCAGGGACAACUCUAGAACCAGAAACAACUAUGGUGCUAGAGUCUACUGUAGCACCGGAAAUAACUAUCGCGUUUGAGUCAACUCUAGCACCCGAAGCAACCCUGGCGCAAAAAACCACUGCUGGACCAGGGACCACUUUAGCACAAGAAACAACUAUGGCGCCAGAGUCCACAGUAGUUCCCCCAACAACUAUAGCGCCAGAGUCUACUGAAAUACCAAAUUCUACUGUAGUACCAGGAACAACCAUUUCACCAAAGUCCACUGAAGUACCGCCAACAACUAUGACAGCAGAGUCCACUGUAGCACCGGGAACAACUAUGGCACCAGAGUCCACUGUAACACCAGAAACAACUAUGGCGCCAGAAUCCACAGUAGCAACAGGAACAACUAUAGCGCCAGAGACCACUCUGGCACUGGAAACAACUACGGCACCAGAGACCACUCUACCACCAGAAACAACCAUGGCGUCAGAAUCCACUCUAGCACCAGAGUCCACUUUAGCACCAGAAACAACAAUGGUGCCAGGGACAACUCUAGAACCAGAGACAACUAUGGCGCUAGAGUCCACUGUAGCAUCGGUAACAACUAUGGCACCAGAGUCCACCUUGGCACCGGAAAUAACUAUAGCGUCAGAGUCCUCUGUAGCACCUGGAACAACUAUGGCGCCAGAAACCACUGUAGCACCGGGAACAACUAUGGCACCAGAGACCACAGUAGUUCCCGCAACAACUAAAGCGCCAGAGUCUACUGUAAUACCAGAUUCUACUGUAGCACCAGGAACAACCAUUACACCAAAGUCCACUGAACUACCGCCAACAACUAUGACACCAGAGUCCACUGUAACACCGGCAACAACUAUGACACCAGAGUCCACUGUAGCACCGGGAACAACUAUGGCGCCAGAGUCCACUCUAGAACCAGAAAAAACUAUGACGCCAGAAAUCACUGUUACACCUGAGCCCACCUUAUUACCAGAAGUUACUAUGGCGGUAGAAACAACAGUAGCGUUACUCAGAUCUACUUAUUCAUCACCGAGUUCAUUAACGGCUCCUACAACCCGCAGAAUAGGUGGGGAUGUUGGAUAUACUCCAGAUCCCACAACUACUAUUCCUAUUGUCACCGAAGAGGGGAAAACAGAAGCAACGCUAACACCAGGGGGUCAACUCAAAAGCACAGUAUCUUCACUAGCCACAUCUACACCUGGCACCUCUGCUGCACCAGAAUCAACUGCUGCACCAGAGACAACUGUUACAGCUGAGACGACUACUGCACCAGAGACCACUUUUGCACCAGAAACCACUGUUGCACCGGGGACCACAGUAGCAGCGGAGACCACUGUGGCACAAGAGAGCACGGUAGCAUCUGAGACUACUGUAGCCCCAGAGACAACAUACGAACCUGAGACCACUGCGGCACCUGGCACCACUUUAGCACCUGAGACUACUGUUGCACCAGAGACAACAUACGAACCUGAGACCACUGCUUUACCAGAGUCCACUGUAGCACCAGAGACCACUAUGGCACCAGAGACCACUGUGGAACCAGAGACCACUUUAUCACCAGAGACUACUGUAGCACCUGAGACCACUGUGGCACUUGGAACCACUGUAACACCUGAGACUACUGUUGCACCAGAGACAACAGAAGAACCUGAGACCACUGUUGUUCCAGAGACCACUGCUGUACCAGAAACAACUAUUACACAAGAGACCACUGUGGCACCUGAAACUACUGCUUUACCAGAGUCCACUGUUGCGUCAAUGACCACUGUGCUGCCUGGGACAACUGUGGUACCUGAGACCACCGUGGUACCUGGGACCACUCUGGCACCAGAGAGCACCGUAGCACCUGAGACUACUGUUGCACCAGAGACCACUGUGGAACCUGGGACCACUUUGACACCUGAGACUUCUGUUGCACCUGGCACAACUGUGGCACCAAAGAGCACCGUAGGACCUGAGACUAGUGUUGCACCAGAGACAACUGAUGCACCUGAGACCACUGUUGUUCCAGAGACCACUGUAGCACCUGAGACUACUAUGGCACCAGAGACCACUGUUGCAUAUGAGACCACUGUAGCACCCGAUAGCACUGCUGCACCUGAGACCACUGUGGCACCUGGCACCACUGUGACACCACAGAGCACCGUAGCACCGGAGACUACUAUUGCACCAGAGACAACAGAUGAACCUGAGACCACUGUUGUUCCAGAGACCACUGCUGUACCAGAAACAACUGUUUCACAAGAGACCACUGUGGCACCUGAAACUACUGCCUUACCAGAGUCCACUGUUGCACCAGAGACUACGGUUGUACCAGAGACCACUGCUGUACCAGAAACAACUGUUAUGACCACUGUAGCACCUGAUAGCACGGUUGCGCCUGUGACCACUUUUGCACCUGGCACUACUGUGACACCAGAGAGCACCGUAGCACCUGAGACUACUGUUCUACCAGAGACAACUGAUGCACCUGAGACUACUGUUCCACCAGAGACAACUGAUGCACCUGAGACUACUGUUGCUUCUGAGACUACUGCUGAACCUGAUACCACUCAGGCACCUGAGACCACUGUAACACCUGAGACUACUAAGGCACCAGAGACCACUGUGGCAUCUGAGACCACUGUAACACCUGAGACUACUGUUGCCCCAGAAACAACAGAAGAACCUGAGACCACUGUUGUUCCAGAGACCACUGCUGUACCAGAAACAACUAUUACCCAAGAGACCACAGUGGCACCUGAAACUACUUCUUUACCAGAGUCCACUGUUGCACCAGAGUCCACUGUUGCUUCAAUGACCACUGUGCUGCCUGAGACAACUGUGGUACCUGAGACCACCGUGGUACCUGGGACCACUCUGGCACCAGAGACCACUGUAGCACCUGAGACUACUAUGGCACCAGAGACCACUGUUGCAUCUGAGACCACUGUAGCACCCGAUAGCACUGCUGCACCUGAGACCACUGUGGCACCUGCCACCACUGUGACACCAGAGAGCACCGUAGCACCGGAGACUACUAUUGCACCAGAGACAACAGAUGAACCAGAGACCACUGCUGUACCAGAAACAACUGUUAUGACCACUGUAGCACCUGAUAGCACGGUUGCGCCUGUGACCACUUUUGCACCUGGCACUACUGUGGCACCUGAGAGUACCGUAGCACCUGAGACUACUGUUCCACCAGAGACAACUGAUGCACCUGAGACUACUGUUGCCCCAGAAACAACAGAAGAACCUGAGACCACUGUUGUUCCAGAGACCACUGCUGUACCAGAAACAACUAUUACCCAAGAGACCACAGUGGCACCUGAAACUACUGCUUUACCAGAGUCCACUGUUGCACCAGAGUCCACUGUUGCUUCAAUGACCACUGUGUUGCCUGAGACAACUGUGGUACCUGAGACCACCGUGGUACCUGGGACCACUCCGACACCAGAGAGCACCGUAGCACCUGAGACUACUGUUGCACCAGAGACCACUGUUAUUCCAGAGACCACUGUCGCUCCUGAGACCACUGAUGAACCUGAUACCACUCUGGCACUAGAGACCACACUAGCUCCUGAGACUACUAUGGCAACAGAAACCACUGUGGCAUCUGAGACCACUGUAACACCCGGUAGCACUGCUGCACCUGAGACCACUGUGGCACCUGGCACCACUGUGGCACUAGAGAGUACCGUAGCACCGGAGACUUCUAUUGCACCAGAGACAACAGAUGAACCUGAGACCACUGUUGAUCCAGAGACCACUGCUGUACCAGAAACAACUGUUUCACAAGAGACCACUAUGGCACCUGAAACCACGGCCUUACCAGAGUCUACUGUUGCACCAGGGACUACUGUUGUACCAGAGACAACUGCUGUACCAGAAACAACUGUUGUGACCACUGUAGCACCUGAUAGCACGGUUGCGCCUGAGACCACUUUUGCACCUGGCACCACUGUGGCACCUGAGAGUACCGUAGCACCUGGGACUACUGUUCCACCAGAGACAACUGAAACACCUGAGACCACUGUUGUUUCGGAGACCACUGUUACACCUGAGACUACUGUUGCUCCUGAGACUACUGCUGAACCUGAUACCACUCUGACACCUGAUACCACUGUAGCACCUGAGACUCCUAUGGCACCAGAGACCACUGUGGCACCAGAGACCACUGUAACACCUGAGACCACUGCUGUACCAGAAGCAACUGUUACCCAAGAGACCACUGUGGCACCUGAAACUACUGCUUUACCAGAGUCCACUGUUGCACCAAUGACCACUGUGCUGCCUGAGACAACUUUGGUACCUGAGACCACCGUGGUACCUGGGACCACUCUGGCACCAGAGAGCACCGUAGCACCUGAGACCACUGUGGCACCAGAAACCACCAUAGCACCUGAGAGUACUGUUGCACCUAAGACGACUACUCAACCAGAGACUACUGCUGCACGAGAGACCAUUGCUGUACCAGAAACAACUGUUGCGUCUGAGACCACUGCUGCAUCGGACACCACGGUUGCACCUGAGACUACUGUUGUACCAGAGAUCACUGUUGCACCAGAGACCACUGCUGCUGCAGAUACCACUAUGGCACCUGAGACCACUGCUAUAUCAGAGACCACAUUUGCACCAGAGACUACUGUUGCGCCAGAGUCAACUGUACCAUCGGGAACAACAGCUGCGUUAAAGACUACGCUUGGUCCAUUAACAGAUAAAAGAAAAGAAACAACACUCAGCCCUGGUGGACAAAUAGUCUUACCAACAUCUGCGAUGAAAGCCACAGCAGAAGCACCGGAAACAACUAUGGCGCAAGAGUCAUCUCUAGCACCAGCAACAACCAUGGCGCCUGAGACCACUGUUAAACCAGAAACAACUGAGGCACCAGGGACCACUGUAGCACCAGAAACAACCAUGGUGAUAGACUCCACUGUAGCACCAGAAACAACCAUUGCACCAGAGUCCACUGUAGCACCAGAAACAACCAUGGCGCCAGAGACCACGGUUUCACCAGAAACAACUGAGGCCCCAGGGACCACUGUAGCACCAGAAACGACCAUGGCGCCAGAGUCCACUGAAGCACCAGAAACAACCAUGGCACCAGAGACCACUGUAGCAGCAGAAACCACCAUGGCGCCAGAGACCACUUUAGCAUCAGAAACAACUACGACACCAGACACCACUGUUGCACCAGAAACCACCAUGGCGCCGGAGACCACUGUUGCACCAGAAUCAACCAUGGCGCCAGAGACCACUGUUGCACCAGAAACAACUAUGGCGCCAGAGACAACUGUUGCACCAGAAACAACCAUGGCGGCAGAGACCACGGUUUCAUCAGAAACAACUGAGGCAUCAGGGACCACUGUAGCACCAGAAACGACCAUGGCGCCAGAGUCCACUGAAGCACCAGAAACAACCAUGGCACCAGAGACCACUGUAGCAGCAGAAACCACCAUGGCGCCAGAGACCACUUUAGCAUCAGAAACAACUACGACACCAGACACCACUGUUGCACCAGAAACAACCAUGGCGCCGGAGACCACUGUAGCAGCAGAAACCACCAUGGCGCCGGAGACCACUGUUGCACCAGAAUCAACCAUGGCGCCAGAGACCACUGUUGCACCAGAAACAACUAUGGCGCCAGAGACAACUGUUGCACCAGAAACAACCAUGGCGGCAGAGACCACGGUUUCACCAGAAACAACUGAGGCAUCAGGGACCACUGUAGCAUCAGAAACAACUACGACACCAGAGACCACUGUUGCACCAGAAACAACCAUGGCACCGGAGACCACUGUAGCAUUAGAAACAACCAUGGCGCCAGAGACCACUGUUGCACCAGAAACAACUAUUGCGCCAGAGUCCACAGAAGCACCAGAAACAACUAUGGCACCAGAGUCCACAGAAGCACCAGAAACAACCAUUGUGCCAGAGACCACUGUAGCACCAGAAACAACAAAGGCGCCAGAGACCACUGUAGCAUCAAAAACAACUAAGACACCAGAGACCACUUUUGCACCAGAAACAACCAUGGCGCCAGAGGCCACUGUAGCAGAAGAAACAACAAUGGCGCCAGUGACCACUGUAGCACCAGAAACAACUAAGGCACCAGAGUCUACAGAAGCACCAGAAACAACCAUGGUGCCAGAGACAACUGUUGCACCAGAAACAACCGUGACGCCAGAGGCCACUGUUCCACCAGAAACAACUAUGGCGCCAGAGUCCACUGAAGCACCAGAAACAACUAUGGCGCCAGAGUCCACUGAAGCACCAGAAACAACAAUGGCGCCAAUGACCACUGUAGCAUCAGAAACAACUAAGACGCCAGAUACACCUGUUGCACCAGAAACAAACAUGGUGGCAGAGAGCACUUUAGCACCAGAAACAACCAUGACGCCGGAGAUCACUGUAGCACCAAAAACAACCAUGGCGCCAGAGACCACUGUUUCACCAGAAACAACUGAAGCACCAGGGACCACUGUAGCACCAGAAACAACCAUGGCGCCAGAGACAACUAUUCCACAAGAAACAACUAUUGCGCCAGAGUCCACUGAAGCACCAGAAACAACAAUGGCGCCAGAGACCACGGUAGCACCAGAAACAACCAUGGUGCCAGAGACCACUGUAGCACCAGAAACAACAAUGGCGCCAGAGACCACUGUAGCACCAGAAACAACAAUGGCGCCAGAGACCACUGUAGCAGCAGAAACAACAAUGGCGCGAGUGACCAUUGUAGCAUCAGAGACAACUAAGACACCAGAGACCACUGUUGCACCAGAAACAACAAUGGUGCCAGAGACCACUGUUGCACUAGAAACAACCAUGGCGCCAGAGACCACUGUUUCACCAGAAACAACUGAAGCACCAGGGACCACUGUAGCACCAGAAACAACCAUGGCACCAGAGACAACUAUUCCACAAGAAACAACUAUUGCGCCAGAGUCCACUGAAGCACCAGAAACAACCAUGUUGCCAGAGACCACGGUAGCACCAGAAACAACCAUGGCGCCAGAGUCCACUGUAGCAUCAGAAACAACUAAGACACCAGAGACCACUGUUGCACCAGAAACAACCAUGGUGCCAGAGACCACUGUAGCACCAGAAACAACAAUGGCGCCAGAGACCACUGUAGCAGCAGAAACAACAAUGGCGCGAGUGACCAUUGUAGCAUCAGAGACAACUAAGACACCAGAGACCACUGUUGCACCAGAAACAACAAUGGUGCCAGAGACCACUGUUGCACUAGAAACAACCAUAGCGCCAGAGACCACUGUUCCACAAGAAACAACUAUUCCGUCAGAGUCCACUGAAGCACCAGAAACAACUAAGGCAACAGAGUCCACAGAAACACCAGAAACAACCAUUGUGCCAGAGACCACUGUAGCACCAGAAACAACCAUGGCGCCAGAGGCCACUGUUCCACCAGAAACAACUAAGACGCCAGAUACCACUGUUGCACCAGAAACAACCAUGGUGCCAGAGAGCACUUUAGCACCAGAAACAACCAUGGCGCCGGAGACCACUGUAGCACCAGAGACAACCAUGGCGCCGGAGACCACUGUAGCAGCAGAAACAACAAUGGCGCCAGAAACGACUGUUGCAUCAGAAACAACCAUAGCGCGAAUAAAGGAAACCACACUUAGUCCUGGUGGACAAAUAGUUUUACCAACAUCUGCGAUGGAAACCACAGCUGAAGCACCAGACACAACUAUGGCCCCAGUGUCUACUGUAGCACCAGAAACAACUAUGGCGCCAGAGACCACUGCUGCACCAGUGUCCACUGUAGCACUAGUAACUACUAAGGCACCAGAAACUACUAAGGCACCAGAGACCACUGUUGCACCAGAAUCAACCAUGGCGCCAGAGACCACUGUUGCACCAGAAACAACUAUGGCGCCAGAGACCACUAUUCCACAAGAAACCACCAUGGCGCCAGAGACCACUGUAGCAUCAGAAACAACUAAGGCACGAGAGUCCACAGAAGCACCAGAAACAACCAUGGUGCCAGAGACCACUGUAGCACCAGAAACAACCAUGGCGCCAGAGGCCACUGUUCCACCAGAAACAACUAUGGCGCCAGAGAGCACUUUAGCACCAGAAACAACCAUGGCGCCGGAGAACACUGUAGCACCAGAAACAACAAUGGCGCCAGAGACCACUGUAGCAGCAGAAACAACCAUGGUGCCAGAGACCACUGUAGCACCAGAAACAACCAUGGCGCCAGAGGCCACUGUUCCACCAGAAACAACUAUGGCGCCAGAGAGCACUUUAGCACCAGAAACAACCAUGGCGCCGGAGACCACUGUAGCACCAGAAACAACAAUGGCGCCAGAGACCACUGUAGCAGCAGAAACAACAAUGGCGCCAGUGACAACUGUAGCAUCAGAGACAACCAUGGAGCCAAAGACCACUGUAGCACCAGAAACAACUGAAGCACCAGGGACCACUGUAGCACCAGAAACAACCAUGGCGCCAGAGACCACUGUUCCACAAGAAACAACUAUUGCGCUAGAGUCCACAGAAGCACCAGAAACAACCAUGGUGCCAGAGACCACUGUAGCACCAGAAACAACCAUGGCGCCAGAGACCACUGUAGCACCAGAAACAACCAUGGCGCCAGAGACCACUGUAGCGUCAGAAACAACUGAAGCACCAGGGACCACUGUUACACCAGAAACAACCAUGGCGCCGGAGACCACUGUAGCACCAGAAACAACUGAAGCACCAGGGACCACUGUAGCACCAGAAACAACCAUGGUCCCAGAGACCACUGUUCCACAAGAAACAACUAUUGCGCCAGAGUCCACUGAAGCACCAGAAACAACUAUUCCGCCAGAGUCCACUGAAGCACCAGAAACAACUAUUCCGCCAGAGUCCACUGAAGCACCAGAAACAACUAUUCCGCCAGAGUCCACUGAAGCACCAGAAACAACUAUUCCGCCAGAGUCCACUGAAGCACCAGAAACAACUAAGGCGCCAGAGUCCACUGAAGCACCAGAAACAACUAUUCCGCCAGAGUCCACUGAAGCACCAGAAACAACCAUGGUGCCAGAGACCACUGUAGCACCAGAAACAACUAUGGCGCCAGAGUCCACUUUAGCAGCAGAAACAACAAUGGCGCCAGUGACCACUGUAGCAUCAGAAACAACUAAGACGCCAGAUACCACUGUUGCACCAGAAACAACCAUGGUGCCAGAGGGCACUUUAGCACCAGAAACAACCAUGGCGCCGGAGACUACUGUAGCACCAGAAACAACCAUGGCGCCGGAGACCACUGUAGCACCAGAAACAACCAUGGCGCCAGAGACCACUGUAGCAGCAGAAACAACAAUGGCGCCAGAAACGACUGUUGCAUCAGAAACAACCAUAGCGCGAGUUAAGGAAACCACACUUAGUCCUGGUGGACAAAUAGUUUUACCAACAUCUGCGAUGGAAACCACAGCUGAAGCACCAGACACAACUAUGGCCCCAGUGUCUACUGUAGCCUUAGAAACUACUAAGGCACCAGAGACCACUGUUGCACCAGAAUCAACCAUGGCACCAGAGACGACUGUUGCACCAGAAACAACCAUGGCGCCAGAGACCACUGUUUCACCAGAAACAACCAUGGCGCCAGGGACCACUGUAGCAUCAGAAACAACUGAAGCACCAGGGACCACUGUAGCACCAGAAACAACCAUGGCGCCAGAGACCACUGUAGAACCAGAAACAACCAUGGCGCUGGAGACCACUGUAGCAGCAGAAACAACCAUGGCGCCGGAGACCACUGUUUCACCAGAAACAACUGAAGCACCAGGGACCACUGUAGCACCAGAAACAACCAUGGCGCCAGAGACCACUGUUGCACCAGAAACAACCAUGGCCCCAGAGACCACUGUUCCACAAGAAACAACUAUUGCGCCAGAGUCCACUGAAGCACCAGAAACAACGAGGGCGCCAGAGUCCACUGAAGCACCAGAAACAACGGCGCCGGAGACCACUAUAGCACCAGAAACAACAAUAGCGCCAGAGACCACUGUUGCACAAGAAACAACAAUGGUGCUAGAGGGCACUUUAGCACCAGAAUCAACCAUGGCGCCAGAGGCCACUGCAGCAUCAGAAACAACAAUGGCGCCGGAGACCACUGUUGCACCAGAAACAACUAUGGCGCCAGAGAGCACUUUAGCACCAGAAACAACCAUGGCGCCGGAGACCACUGUAGCACCAGAAACAACAAUGGCGCCAGAGACCACUGUAGCAGCAGAAACAACCAUGGCGCCAGAGACCACUGUAGCACCAGAAACAACCAUGGCGCCAGAGACCACUGUUGCAGCAGAAACAACCUUCAGUUCAAAAGUGCCGACCACACACGAGCUAAAAGACGAGUGUCUUUUGGGUCUCGCAAAAUGCGAUCGUAACGCCCACUGUAUAGACACGCCGGAGAGUUAUCGCUGCGAGUGUAAUAAUGGAUACGAGGGCGACGGCGUCAUCUGCACAGAUAUCAACGAGUGUCAGCGAAAGAAGAGUGUGGACUACAGGUGUAAUGAGAAUGCGCUGUGUACCAACACUGAGGGAUCGUACACGUGUGAGUGCUUGCCUGGGUUUGUAGGAGACGGCGAAUACUGUGAAGAAUCAGGUAUAAAGGGAUAUGUCAACAUUACACAUAUCAACAAUGAUGUGGCAAUUGGCUGUGGCAAGAAGGAGAUGAUGAUCAUUGUGCGCCGUGAAUUUUUCCUGGGGAUGAGCAAGGACGAUGUCAAUCUAAACGAGCCCUCUUGCAAACCCCAAGAAAAUGGGACACAUUACAUAUUCAAGACUUCUCUCACAGGCUGUGGCACUGGGAUGACCAAAACUAAAGAUGCAUUUGUCUACAAGAAUGUAAUCCGAGAGCGACCCCCAUCUGCUAGUGACCUUAUCACCAGGUUACACGACAUUGAAGUCCCAUUCCGCUGCUUCUACACUCGUCAAGGAGCCACUUCUGCCAUAGCGUUGCGCCCUAGCAGGAAAGUGAUCCGCACCAACGCCAGUGACUCUGGCGACUUCCUUCUUCAUAUGCGUGUUUAUAAGAACUACGACUACGUUGACCAUUACAAGGAAAAGGAGUUCCCCAUCGGCGUGCAAGUGAAUAAGAGAGUGUACUUUGAGAUGAGGAUUGACUCGCAGGAUAACAGGCUGACUGUACGGGCCGACAGAUGUCACGCUACUCCAGAUACGAACCCCAACAACAGGAUACAGUACGAUCUCAUCCGCGACAGUUGUCCUACCGACCGCACGGUUCUGUUCCAUGAUCAAGAAGACAAACAAGUACAGCGGUUUAGCCUCAAGGCGUUCCAGUUCGUCAAUGUCCCUGAUCCCACCUUCGUCUACAUCCACUGCUCUGUAGUCGUGUGCAACGUCACAGAUGAGAACUCCCUCUGUAACAAGGAGUGCAGCAAGUUUUCAAGGGCUCGCCAUAGACGAUCCGCUUACUCGCAACCUCUACACAUAGACCUCCUCACGACAGGACCUAUUAUUAGGCCUGACAGUAGAACGCGCGCACAGACUCCAUCACAAGCAAAUAACCUACCGGCGUUCCUGGGGCUCGUCGUCUCCAUGGCCGUAUUAGCCUUGUUAGCAUUCCUAGCGAUGGUGUCCUACCUCAGGCGCAAACAGACACGUCCUGACGAUAUAGAAGAACUAAGCGACUCAAGCGACGAGGACGAUCAGAUUAACGUCUAGAGUCGCUUCUAAAGUGUAUUACGUUUACUUUUAAAAUUAAGGCUUGUUCUAGUGUAUUGCCAAAUCAAGCUCACGACUGAAGAAUUCUAUAUUGUUUUAAAAGCGAGCUGUAAACUGUUUAGCAAUUCUAAAAAAUUAUGUGAAUUUUAGCUUGGUAUUAGCUUAGUAUUAAGGCUGAUGACGUUUUAUAUUCAUCAGUAUACGGAUGAUGAUUUUAUGUACACAUGUUGCGAGAUAUCGUUAGCCCUAUUAGAUAAUCUAAUUAGAUCCGCCGAUUUAUAAUAACUCAGCUUACAAGAAUUCCUAGACGUUCGACCAACCACAUCCGAACAUCACAUCGCAAACACAGACUUUCUCGUUGGUUGAUAAUACGAACUUUGUCGUAAGGAGGUAUACAGUUAAGCUCAAGUAGGCAAAUGAAGUCAAUGCCACAGCCGCCGUCAAAAUGCGCCUGUUUUAGUGGCUUUAUCUUGUCACGACGCGAAUAAUAUAUACUGCCCCUGAGAGUAGUAGAAAUGUAAUAUGUAAAGGAAUUCCCCGUGUCGUCGAUAAUAAACUGCUAAAUAAGCACGUAACACAA